UAUGGAAAACUCUACUGGUUCAUAUGUGAGAGUGAAUCAAGUAUCUUACCCUAACGGCGAAAUAGAGACGGAACAACUUUUGAGUAGUUCACAUCAAGUGUUUCUUGUAUGUGCCAUACAAACCAUUGGAGAACGGGAUUUGCUACUCAUUUAUGUCACUAUUCCUCAAAGGCAAACGUGUUUACAGCGUCUUUUUCAUGUUCGACUUCUAAGAAGAAACGAUGAUAUAACUCAAAUUAUAAGACGAUGUAUAUAUCCAAUAUACAAUAAAAUUAUUGGCUAUACAAUCCUUGGAAGUACUCAUUUUAAAGCCAUUGAUCACUUGCCGUAUGUUGAUAUCAUAAUGAAACUGCCAUCUGCUUUCUAUUCAGAUAUUAUGAGUAUUCCCAGCCUCCGUCUAAAUGACUUAUACACACAUUUAGAGAAGAAAUGGGACAUAAAAAGACCUAAAUAUUUUAAAGGAGAUAAGCUGUUUAUAAAAACAUUCGCCGACUAUAUCAAUGAAGCUUGUAAGUAUCCUGACGAAUUCUUGAAAAGGUGGGAAUGUAAGAACAGAUCAACAAUUGGAAUUAUAAAGGAAGUGUCAAACGAAUACUCCAAAAUUCUAGACAGCAAUCAACUGCAAUAUUUAAUUGAAAAUAUUGAUAAUAUACGGUCGAAAUUCCCGAAUAAAAUGUUUGAGAUGUGCUAUUCAGCAUUAGAGGAAGAUUUUAGCGCUUUAGCGGAGUUGUGUGACAAGAACCCUUGGAUUCCGUUUGGGGUUCGGCUAAUGCCUCUAUGUAAUGUUGAACACUUGUUCUCAUUACAGAUGAGUGAAGAAGAUAGGGAAUUAUUAACCUUCAUAAAGUUUAAAUAUGGAGCAUAA